AUGAAGGACAAUCAAAGGCAGUCGUGUUCAUCCAUUACCGUCAACCCCUCCUCCACAACACCAAAGACCAAUCAGCCACCAUUGGUCCCAUUGCCCGCUUUUCCUGCUUCUCUCAAGUUGGCUUUGCCCCCUUUUUGCUUUGUAGUUGAACCAGCUCUUAUUGUCUUCGUGUUUCCCCUUUCGCUGUUUGUCUUGCUCUCUCUCAUGUGUGGUUGCAGGCACGGCCGGAAAGGCUGUGGUGGUUAUUGGUUGGUAUUGCACACGUUUGCUUGUUAUUUGUUGCCGCCUGCCGAUGCAGGCGUGCAUAUGAGAGACGUGGCUGUUUAUGUUCAAAUUGUACUAGCAGUGCGUUGUUGGGCACGAUAUUCUUCUUCACAUCAACAAUGCAAGCAACACCGAUAA